UUUCCCUCUCGCUCGCGCGCUCAUCUCCAUCAUCCUUUAGCUACUGAGAAAAAAAAACCGCCAGCGUGAAACAGAUGGGAAGGCACCCGCGGAAUUUGCGACCGUUACCGCGAAGAGAAUAGCCGUCAGAACUUAACGGACAGGGAAAAGAAGUUCAAUUUGUCCAGAAGACUUCUGGACUGAAAACUUGAGGACAUUUCACGUCUGUUUACGACUGGAAAAGGCAGGGUGGGCAAUGCCAUUCGGCUGUUUAAAACCUGGCGAGAAGAAGGACUACAACAGUCCAACAGAAAUCACAGACAAAUAUGAUCUGGGCCAGAUUGUUAAAUCGGAGGAGUUCUGUGAGAUCUUCAGGGCAAAGGAUAAGAACACACUGAAAAUGUACACCUGCAAAAAAUUCCUCAAGAAAGAUGGAAGAAAGGUGCGGAAGGCUGCCAAAAACGAGAUUCUCAUUCUAAAGAUGGUGAAACACCCCAACAUCCUCCAGCUGGUUGAUGUCUAUGAGACCCGGAAAGAGUACUACCUGUUCCUCGAGCUAGCCACAGGUCGGGAGGUGUUUGACUGGAUUCUGGAUCAAGGCUAUUAUUCUGAGAGGGACACCAGCAAUGUUAUCAGACAGGUGAUGGAGGCAGUUGCUUACCUGCACAGCCUGAAGAUUGUUCAUAGGAACCUGAAGCUUGAGAAUCUGGUGUAUUACAACCGACUGAAACAUUCCAAAAUAGUCAUCAGUGAUUUCCAUCUGGCAAAACUGGAGAAUGGACUCAUCAAGGAGCCCUGUGGAACCCCAGAGUAUCUGGCCCCAGAGGUUGUUGGGAGACAGAGAUAUGGCCGAGCUGUGGACUGCUGGGCCCUUGGUGUGAUCAUGUACAUACUGCUCUCCGGAAAUCCUCCUUUCUAUGAUGAAACUGAUGAUGAUGAUUAUGAAAACCAUGACAAGAACCUCUUCCGGAAGAUUCUUGCUGGAGACUAUGAGUUUGACUCACCAUACUGGGAUGAAAUUUCAGACUCCGCUAAAAACUUAGUGUCACGUCUUAUGGAGGUGGACCAGGAUCAGAGACUGACUGCACAAGAAGCCAUCAACCAUGAAUGGAUAUCUGGAAAUGCUGCAUCAGACAAGAACAUCAAGGAAAACGUGUGUGCACAAAUCGAGAAGAACUUUGCUAAAGCUAAGUGGAAGAAAGCGGUACGGGUCACGACCAUGAUGAAGCGUCUCAGGGCACCAGAGCAUCAGACGGCACCAGCAGCAGCACCUGAUGUGUCCAACCCUGCAGCAGGGGUACAGGAAAACCCUCAAGCUCCAUCAGAGGCCUCCACAGCCCCAUCGAGUACUGCUGAAAGCAACUCGACGAGCACAGAAGCCCCCGCCGUGGAAGCAGCAGCACCAGCUGAGCCUGUUCUUCACACCCCAGCUCCAGAACAGCCCGAUCCUACACCGCCAUGCAACGGAGAGGCUUUAGCCUCCCUGCCAUCAGACACAGGGGAGGGACAGAGUGGUUAAUCUUGCUACCUCUCUCCCACCUGCGUUUAGAGCCCACACACUUGUACAUAAGCAGCAAGCAUGCUAACACUGAUCCCGCAGCACAUAGCAUUAAUCUCAACACGCUCUAUCGUGAGCCGACUUCUAAAACAUUUCCCGGCAAGCAUCUGUUUUUUAUUGAAUCACAAAGCUGUGUGACGUGUAUCAAAGGCUCUGGCCACUUUAACUUUGCGCAAAAGAAGAAAAAAGCUAUUUUCUGCUUACAUUAAGCCAAGAUUAGAAUCUUUAGCUCUGAUCAGCAUACAUGUUUUAGGAUAGAUGAUUAAAGCAGGCCUCAUUUUAUAAAAGUUAUUUUUUAUUUUAUUGCAUUGCAGUUUGUUAACGUCCAUCUUGAGCAGGAGGACCGAUACACAGCUUUGUGUGCGAUGUAUAGUUUCUGUAAAUAGCUUACUAACCUCUGUAGAUUAGACGUAGCCAAGAACAGCAUGCUUUUACAAAUCUGCUGUUUACGACACCAGAUAACUGCUACAUUCAGCUUCAGCUUUACAUGGACAUUUCAUGUCUUGAUCGAACACGCGCUCAUGAAAUGUUGUAAUCAGUUUAAGGGGAUUUAUAUGAAAAAUACUUCGGCAGCAACUAAGGCGGCUAAAUUCAUCUCAUAAUGGCAUUUUAAUGGUUGAGACAUGUGGCCCAAUAAAUGGAGCAGAUUAGGUAAACAUAAGAAAUACCUCAGAUCUGCUUGGUAGCUAGCCACAUGAACAGUGGAAAAUGUGAUUUGUUCAUAUAAUGUAUUAUAUACUCAUUUGCAUACAUUGUACAUGUAUUGUGUAAUAAUAUACUUGUCCAUUUUAAAAGUACACAGGUCUAUAGCCACACACAGUGAUCUUUGUUUUCAACAGAAU